AUGAGCACUUCUCUAGAAAUUAGUUCUUCACUGCGCAAAACUUGCGUUGUUUUUCUGAAGCCACGCAGAUCAAGACAUCGUGAAGCUCAACGGACGAACGGACUGAUCGAAGGUCACGCCUACAGCAUUGUUGACAUCAGAGAGGUUAAUCAAGGACGAAGAUCUACACUGCUGUUACGCCUAAGAAAUCCGUGGGGUAGAGGUGAAUGGAACGGACCGUGGAGUGAUAGGUCAUCAGAAUGGUGUUCUGUCCGUCUCUCGGAUAUGACGAUGGCAAGAGUCAUAGACGAUGGAGAAUUUUGGAUUUCCUUGAAAGAUUUUCAAGAACAGUUUGACGAGUUGGAAAUGUGUCACUUGUACCCGGAUGCGUUAUCCUCCGAGAUUGCAAGUGUAGAG